AUGGCAGGGGACUACCCUCCGUUCCAAAAUCCGACCCCUAGAUUCCAAAAUUAUAACUUUGCGAGCAGCUCAGGUCAUCACCAACAUCAACACCAUGGCCUAAUGGUGGAGGAUCAACAAGACGAAGAGAACAUGAUGAUCAAAGAACAAGACAGGCUACUUCCAAUAGCAAACGUAGGGAGGAUCAUGAAGAACAUUCUCCCACCAAACGCAAAGAUCUCUAAAGAAGCAAAAGAGACUAUGCAAGAAUGUGUAUCCGAGUUCAUCAGCUUCGUCACCGGAGAAGCCUCCGAUAAAUGCCACAAGGAGAAGAGAAAGACCGUUAAUGGAGACGAUAUCUGUUGGGCUAUGGCAAAUCUAGGGUUUGAUGAUUACGCCGACCAGCUCAAGAAGUACUUGAAUCGUUACCGAGUUAUCGAAGGUGAGAGAUCAGCUAAUCACCACGGCAAAGGAGGACCUAAAUCCUCGCCGGAUAAUUAA